GGGGAUGUCACACGGACUCUAGUGAGGAAACCCGUGUGCAUGUGACGUACAGACAUUCUAGCCUCGCCUUAGAGAUCCGCUGGGUGGUACCUCCACGUUCGACAGUCGGAGACCGUCUAACAACUACCGACAAUCACAACGUACAUACCCAAAAGAAAAAUUCUCUUAGGACGAGACUCGAACCAGCGCAACUAACGGCGACUGAUCAGUAGACACGUAGCAUCCGCUAGGCUAAUCCAUGACACCUCUAUAAUUCAGAAAGUAUAGCUUGAUCAUUGCACCUGAAUACAAAGAAAUGUUUGUUGAUAUAGUUUGUUAUUCAUUUUGUUACAGAUCGAGCCGUAUUUAUAUGGGAAGUGAAAGACCUCACUCAGAAGGAUAAGAGAAGUCUGCGAGUCAACAUAGACUUCGACUAUGCCACUCACGUUAAAUGGAGUCCAGAUUCGAAAGCGGUCAUUAUUCACAAGAGCCACGAGAACGUAUUGGAGGUAUACAAGGUCGACAAGAAGAAAGAUGGAUGGCUGCAGGCCAGUAAGGCGUUAACAUUUCCAAAGCACCACGAGACCGAUGUGAUAGGAAUGGGCAUUGCCAGCAAUGGCAAAUACAUCAUGACUUGCUCAAACAAGACUGAUAUGGUUAUAUGGGAUUUGAAGGGCCAAAAAUUGGCCGUUAUUGAUACAUAUCUUAUGAACACCGUAUGUGCCAAGAUAUCUCCUUGUGGACGAUUCAUUGUGGCCUCAGGUUUCACACCAGAAGCUAGAGUUUGGGAAGUUACGUUCAACAAGUCAGGUGAAUUCCAGGGAGUAAAACAGAUAAAACAGUUAACUUUAGGCGGACAUAGCUCUGGAGUUUAUGAUGUGGCUUUUGACGUAGAUUCUUCACAUAUGGCUACUGUUUCCAAAGAUGGGACAUGGAAAUUGUUCGACACCCAAGUGAGCUACAAGUUGGGACAAGACGCCCAGUGCCUGAAAACUGGCAAGUACGAGCAGGCUAGCAGCGAUGCCUUAAUUGCCUUAUCACCAAAUGCAGAGGUACUGGUCAUCGCUUCAGGAUCCGAUCUGUAUUUUUACUCUACUCUUACGGCCCAGCUGGAUUACACAAUUGAAAAUGUUUACUCAGACAAUAUAUCUGCGAUUAUGUUUGACUCAACUGGAAAAUACCUGUUGACAGCUGGCGGAAAACAGAUCAGAGUCUUCCAUAAUGUGACAGGGUAUAGAUGCGCCAUUGAAAUGGCCAAGCUGAAACUCAAGGACCACCAGACCUCUGCUACCAAAGAAAGACUGGAAAAGCUGAUUGUAGAGAGUCAAGAGUUCCUCAAUACCAUUGAGAAGAAAUGAAAGUUUAAAUAAAAUUAAAAAUAUGUUUCAAUACAUUGAAUAAAUUUUUACUUGAUUGCUAA